CAGUAAAAUGCCGGAAAGCGGGGGAAGGAGGAGAAACAAAAUGUCUGUGGAUCGCAAUAUGUUUACUAGCAAACGUUUACGCACGAGAGAUGCUUGACAUCGCUCGAGAAAUGAUUAAUGAAAUGAUAGAAAAACUGUGGCGUGAUGGCCGUAUCUUUUAAUCGAUAUCUUAUUUUACCGGAAAUUGAAAAAAGUGAGUUCAAAGUAUCUCAAGAAAACAAACAUAAAUAUACGGAUGAGAGUACCACAAGAAAUUCGCUUAAUGAACAAAAAACCUCCGUGACACCGGCAACAGUUCCUUUAUGUGUCUUGGGUGAUGUUCAAUUGCGUUUCCUGUGUCCAGAUGACUUGGAGGAAGUACGGGCACUUUGUCAAGAUUGGUUCCCUAUUGAUUACCCUUAUUCAUGGUAUGAAGAUAUAACAAGUUCCUCAAGGUUUUAUGCACUUGCAGCUGUAUAUGGUGGAGUAAUAAUUGGACUUAUUGUCGCAGAGAUAAAGCCUUAUGCCAAACUGAACACUGAAGAUCGUGAUAUUUUGUGUUCAAGUUUAGGAAAAGAUUGUUUAGUAGGUUAUAUUCUUAUCUUAGGGGUUCGUCGUGCAUAUAGAAGAAAUGGAAUUGCUUCGUUACUGUUGGAACAAUUAUUAGCACAUGUUACUGCUCCAGAACGGUCUUCCGUAAAAGCAGUCUUCCUACACGUAUUGUCUAGCAAUUCACCUGCCAUUUUGUUUUACCAGAGAUGUCAUUUUCGAUUACAUAGUUUUUUACCAUACUAUUAUUCAAUUCGUGGAAAAUGUAAAGAUGGUUUUACUUAUGUUCUUUAUGUCAAUGGGGGACAUGCACCAUGGGGUAUCUGGGAUUGGUUGCGCCAUAUAGCAAGUGCAAUGGCUAGUCUUGGACCAUGCAGAGUUCCACGGUGGAUUUGGAAGCGGCUUCUUUGGGCUACUACUAUUCUUUCAUAUCACAGAUGAUACAUUUUGACAAAUACCAAUGUUAAACCAAAUACUUGUUUUUUUUAAUUUUUAUUUGCAUGUAUCUGCUAAUUGGAUCUUAUACCUAUUCAAGCAAUAAAAUUAAUAGCUUCAUAAUUGUUUUCAAAGUUUAAUGAGUUAAGUAGUUGUAAAAAAUAAUUUAUCAUUUGAUUGACAAUACUUGAACCAACAAGUAUUGAUUUAUAAUUAGUUGGUAAUAAUAUAAGUGAAUAGUUCAUUAUAUUUUUUCCUCGAAAAUGAUAAAUCUGAAGCUUUGUGAUUCUUUCACCAUGGAUCAUAUUACUAAAUAUAAAUGGUUUACAUAACAAUUAAGAUAUACAAUAUAAAUGUUAGAAAUAAACCGUUUAAUUGCCAGGGCAUUUGAUCAGUUCAAAAUAAUUGUAAAUGAAAAUUCUUUUGUGUAUGAAGUAUUAUGGUCUUUGUGUGUGUAUGAUAAAAGGAUAAAUAUUUUGUUGAAUCCAUAUGAAAAUCCACAAGAAAUAAAGCGUAUUGCAAAGUAAAAUGAAACACCAGUGAUAGACUAAAACUUUUUGAAAAAAUUUAGUUUUGAGAAUGCCCUUCAUUAUUCUGGUUUUUUUCUUGAAAUGUUUAACCUGUAACCCUGAUUGAAGGUGAAGAAUGGAAUUUUGAAACCUGUAACCAUUGCUGUAACUUCUUGCUUCCUUUUUUUUUUUGAGCCCUUGAAUAGCUUUCUCUGCUACUUUGACUGCCAUCUUCGAUUCCUUUAAGAAGGAAUCUCCAAAUGUGUCUAGAUAACAAGUUGAUCACUCUCUAAACCAUGCAGUGUUUCAUCUUUUUUGUUAUGUUCUUCCUAGGGUUUCUUUACUCACUUUGUUUGUGAUAUGGUUACUAUUUCUCUGUUUCCUGAAUUCAGUGGAGAACAUUUUUCUCCUGGUCUCACCAUUUGUAUUCUUACCUCAUUUGGAUUCUGAAUGUCUGUAAACAAUUAUUGAUUUUAUUUCAGAAAUUGUAUGAUUGUUAACAGACAAUAGAAUCAAUCUUGAAAGCUUUAUCAUUGUUUUUCCCCUGAUUAUUGCAUUACUCCAAUAUCUGUAUUUUAUUACUUCUACAUAUAUCACUCGAUAGAAAGUUCCCCUUGACAUUAGGGGUUCAUGGUGCUGGAACCACGUCAUCCACUACAUAGUUUAAUAUUAUCUAAGUUUUAUGAAUACAUCAUCACUGUCUUUGACUAGGAAGACUUACUAGUCAUAGAGGUAUUUGACAUGCAAGUACUGAAGUCGAUGAGUCCCACUCAGUUUAUUCCAUUACAUGUGCAAGAAAAUAGCCAUGCUUCAAACACUUUGAUGUAGCAAUCGUUCUUAAUCUUCAUUUUUUUUAAAUUAAUAGGACUUUCUAUUAAUUAAACUCUUAUGUCAUUACGUGUAACAGUAUCAUUAUAUCUGUGUUUGAUCACGUUUAACAAUUACUAUAUCUUAUCUUCAGAAAAGUUUGUAAAGUGUUAUAGACGAUAUUAUUCUUUAAUAUGGAGGCAAGGUUGCUAUUACUGGUAUUCUCUCGUACCCUGGCUAUGAACAGUAACGCGAGUAAAUUAGAAUUUAUUACUUAAUGUCCUACAAUUUAAGUUCAAUCUGUUGAAGGAUGAGAAUAAUAUAUUUUCUCCUAUAUGUAUGUGAAGCUGGGUGGGAUUUAAUCUCAGCUGUUGUUGAAAUAAUUCGCUGUUGUGUUAUUGGUUUUAUUUAAUCAGAACACUGCAGUUUGGAAGUGCUAUCGUUACAUAGUUUAUAGUGCCCAUAAUAGAGAAACUUUAAGUUUUCCUUUUUGCUAUAACAUAUUUAAUACCAGUGUUUGUUUUAAAUUAUUAAUUUCAAAUUUUUCAGAUUAAUAUAAAAUGAAAAAUGACUAAGACAUAAGUGAUUAUUUAUAAUAUUUUCUAAUUUAAAAAUAGCCUUUAUUUGUCUUCUCUGUUUCACCAUUUAUGAUCAAAUUAUACCUUAUUUUGAUAUUACGAAUAGCUGCAAAGUAUUUAAGAAGAAAAACUUACGUACAUUAAACAACCUUUAAAUAUCUUUGAUAAUACUGCGUUUUUAUGAUUAUAUUUUAUAGUAGAUAAUAAAUGUUAAACAUCGUGCAAAACUGGAUAGUAUAUGUCACAAGUUUUAUAUAUUAUUACUUUAUAACAUAAUUAUGUAUAAACAAGUUUAUUACAAGUAAUUUGAAAUGUGCAGUGUGUGCGUAUUCUUUUAUACUGUACAAAUUCUAUAGUGUAUAAAUGUAAAAGGUGUUAUUUUUGAGUAAGGAACUGAAGGAGAUAUACAUGGAAAAGUUAGACCAAAGCUUUAUAAGCUAAAAGGAAACUUAGUUUGAAUGAAAGUUACACAGAUGUAACAGUAUUUUCCAUGGUGAUAGAACAAAUUGAAGUACACUUGCUUCUUGAUUAAGGCUGUGCAUGUUUCUUUUAAUUGAAUAUAAUCUAUCAUGUUUGUGUUCCGUCUUCAUUAAUUGUUCAAAACGAAUAGCAUUAUUUAUAUUUGUAUAUUCAUAUAGAGAAAGCUUUUGUAUUUAUGAUAUAUAGGUAUAUGAAUGUGAGUCAUGAAUGUGUGUUCAUAUUCUUUAUAUAUAAUGUAUAUAUAUAUAUGAAAUGUAUCAGAGUAGUUGUACAUAUUAAUGUAUUGACUUUGUUUGUAAUAAAUUGACAUGUUAUAAUCUUCA